UUUAGUUUGGUACAUGAUGAUGUACGACAUGGUCGUUUUUAGGGUUAUCCGAUCUCAGGUCUCUGGUUUCAAGGUUGAGGAAUGCGUAUCGUCGUUUAGUUGAUUCCUCUCUCGUUUCUCUGUUCAGAGAUUUCCUUUUAGUAGUAGUUAUGGAGACUGGUGCAACCAGUUCUGGAACAGCUGAUGGUGCUAUCUCACUAAUGGACCAGAAUGCAACUGAUCCUGGACCAAUUGAUCCUUCUGUUCUUUAUGAUCAAGAGAAUCAUGUCUCAGCAGCAGUAUGGGAAGGGCAGGAGCGUGGUGUGCUUAGAUGUCAUGAACACACGUCAAAGCUUGGUGAAUGGAGGCUUACACAACAACAGAUUGAGUUGGUUGAGAAGGCUGGGUUCGGAUGUUUAAGAAAGCUUCCUUCCAUUAGUCUAGACAAUCCACUCAUAUCUGCUCUUAUUGAGAGGUGGAGGAAAGAAACAAACACAUUUCACUUGAGGGUUGGAGAAAUGACCAUAACACUUAAAGAUGUGGCAUUGUUACUUGGAUUAGCAAUUGACGGAGAACCUGUUCUAGGUGUGACAUAUACUUCGUGCAAGGCAGUUUGUGAAAGGUUUCUGGGUAGGAUUCCUGAUCCUGGGUAUAUGAGUGGCGGAAUGGUAAAACUAAGUUGGUUGAAAGAGUACUUUACCCAAUGUCCAGAAAAUGCACCACUGGAAGAUAUUAAGCGAUACACUCGUGCUUAUCUUUUAAUUGAAGAGUUAGUCUUCUUUCAGAAGACACUUCAUGGUUUAUGCAAAUUGCAUGUGAAACUGCAAACUCUUGUAUCUUUGUAUAUCAAUAGUGUUAGAAUAUUGACAAUGACCAUUUACUGUUUUUUGCAGUGUUGGAGUUACUUUCACCUUAAUAUCGGCCGACCAAAGUUUUAUCAGGAGCCAGUACGUGAUUGUUUUCCGUUUGUACAUUGGUGGAAGGGGAAACAAAGUGCUUCCACUGUGAAACGUGACAUAAUCUUUUACCGCAAGGCCUUGGACUCUCUGAAACCAUGCGACGUGGAAUGGCUUCCUUACAGUAAUAUUGAUGAUGCAUUGAUACCAGAAAAUGUCAGAAACAGUCUGAUUCUUGGAAAAUCAAAGACAAUGUUGAUCUGCUUUGACAAAGCUGAAAGGCACCUACCAGAUCGUUGCUUAAGGCAACAUGGCAUGCUUCAAGGAAUCCCGGAAGAUGUACAGCACUGGGAGAGAAAGACCCGUGGAGUUGACAGUGGGAUAGACCUGUCAGGGAAAAUGGAAUCGGAACUUAAUGAAUGGUCAGCCCGUAGACUCCACAUUGUGCAAGAUGAUGGUGGUGUUGAUGAAAUUGAAUAUAUGAAGUGGUAUUCAAGAAUUACACGUAAAUUUGUGGGAAGGCCAGUGACUCCACUGCCCCAGGUCCAAAAACCAGUAAAGUUCAGGACCAAAAAGAAGAGAAUGAAUUCCGGCUUAAGAGAUAUUGCUCACUUAGCAGAUACAUUCUUAAUUGAAGGGUUGGAUCCUAUGCAAAUUGAUUCAAUAUCAAGGAUCAGGGCUAUUGCACAUGAUUGUUUAGGGGACCAUGUACAAGGUGCAGACACAAUUGAACUCAUAGAAGGUCCAACCGUAGCAGACCAUGUUGGAGGUGCAACCAUAGCAGACCAUGUAGGAGGUGCAACUAUAGCAGACCAUGUAGGAGGUGCAACUGUACAAGACCAUGGAGGAGGUGCGACCAUAGCAGACCAUGCAGGAAUUGUAACCAUAGGUGAACAUGUAGGAGGUGAUAUGAUAGGAGACCAUGUAGGAGGUGAUAUGAUAGGAGACCAUGUAGGAGGUGCAACCAUAGUAUCAACCACUUCACAAAAUCAACUUGGCAAAAGAAAAAGGGAAAAGGAGCGGGUGAGAAGGAACUCCAAAGGCAAGCGUAAGCGGAAGGAUGACCCAAUAGCAUUAGAAUAUUACAGAGCUAGGGAGUUUGAUCCAGUUCAGUUUUAUGCAGCAGCGCUUAGGGCUGAUCCAAUGCAAAUAUGUUGUCAUUGUCGUGUUAUGAGCCAUAUGAGUCACAUGAGCCAUAUGAGUCACAUGAGUCAUAUGAGUCAUAUGAAUCAUAUUGAUUAUUCAACUAUCAAACUUGCAAAAAAGAUUAAGAAAAAGGAUAAAGCAAGAAAGAAGUCGAGCAAGAAGAGUGGCCGGAAACGCAAGAGGAAGGAUGAUAGAAUGCAAAAUGAUACUGCUGGCGAGGAUGUCCAAUCUCAAUUACACAGUGCACCAACAAAGGAUAAUCAACCUCAAUUACAUAGUGCAGCUAUCAAAAACUAUCAGAUCCAAUUGUAUCAUACCGAUAGCAAGGAUGAUGAAUUUCAGCUAGUUGGUGCAUCAGCUGUGGUUGAACCUAUGCAGCCAUGUAAUGCUGAUGGCGAGUUUGGUGAUUCACUAUCAUGUUUUCCUGCUGCUGUUGAAGGUGAACAAUUAGAGCCUCAUCAUGCAGCUGGAGAAGGUGCAGAAGCAGAUUCUAGUCUUGCAGCAGUUAAGGUUGAUGACUCAAAGCACUGUGAUAUAGCUCAUGCAGCUGGAGAAGGUGCAGAUGCAAAGUCUAGGCUUGCAGCAGUUAAGGUUGAUGACUCAAAGCACUGUGAUAUAGCUCAUGCAGCUGGAGAAGGUGCAGAUGCAAAGUCUAGGCUUGCAGCAGUUAAGGUUGAUGACUCAAAGCAUGGUGAUAUGGCUCAUGAGAUUGAUGACUUGAAUCUUUCCCCUGUUGCUGGUGAUAGUCUUCCACAAACAGCUAAAAUUGUACUCGAUGCUGUUCCAGUCUCAUCUAUUGAAACCAGCAAGGAUGGUGAACAGCAGAUCAAUGCUAGCAAGGAUGACGAACAGCAUAUCGAUGCUAGCAAGGAUGACGAACAGCACAUCGAUGCUAGCAAGCAUGAUGAACAGAAGAUCGAUUCUAGCAAGGAUGAUGAACAGCAGAUUGAUUCUAGCAAGGAUGCUGAACAGCAGAUCGAUUCUAGCAAGGAUGAUCAACAGCAGAUCAAUUCUAGCAAGGAUGAUUAACAGCAGACCGAUGCUAGAGUUGCUGUGCUGACAAAAGUAAAUCCCAAACGCGCUGCUCGGGAAGCUAGCUGAACAUAAAAGAUGCACGCAUUUGAUCUCAAGCUCCCCUCCAUUAAAAAGGAACAAAGCAUUCUCUGUUUCAUAAUGUACCUUCCAGUUUGGGGAUUAUUUAUUUGUUUGAAUGAGAGUCUUGUCCGAGUAUGAAACUAGUUAUAUUUGAUGUAGCAGAAAACUGAAAUUUGUGUGUCUAUGAAACUAGAUGUUUGUUCUCUACAUGUUACUUAUUAUUCAUCUGAAAGCGGUAAAACUAUUAUUGUCAUUGCAAUUAAGCUUGAAGUUGCAUCUAUCCAUUUUUGUUUA